GCAUGGAGUUCCCGGGGCACGGGCGGCGGCUGCUGGCGCGGCUGAGGCGGCAGCGCGCCCUGGGCCUGCUGUGCGACUGCACCGUGCUGGUGGGCGCCGCGCGCUUCCCCGCGCACCGCGCCGUGCUGGCCGCCUGCAGCGUCUACUUCCACCUCUUCUACCGCCACCGGCCCGGCCGCCGCACCGUGCGGCUCGACGGCCACAUCGUCACGGCGCCCGCCUUCGGCCGCCUGCUGGACUUCAUGUACGAGGGCCGGCUGGACCUGCGCAGCCUGCCGCUGGAGGACGUGCUGGCCGCCGCCAGCUACCUGCACAUGUACGACGUCGUCCGGGUCUGCAAGGGCCGGCUGCGGGAGGACGCCCGGGGCCCGCCGCCCGCGCCGCCCGGCCGGCCCGCCGCCCCCUGCCCGGCCGCCCGCAAAGCCGAGCUCCCGCCCGCAGGGGUCCGGACCGCCCUGGCUCUGCGGGCCUCGGGGCCUCCUCCGCGGCAGAGCCCUGGAGAGUCGUCCGGGGCCCUGGACCUGUCCUUGAAGCCCGGCCCUAGACCAGAGCCCGGCAACCGGCCCCGCCCGGGACCGGAGCCCGGCCCCCAGCCCUGUGUCCGCAGCCGGGGGCAGCCAGGGGCCCCGCCGCCAAUGAAAGAGGAGCCAGACUCGACGUCUGAACGGGAGGAUAACGGCACCCCCCGGGGCCCCCCAGUCUGUGUCCCUGCCGCGCGGGCCGCGGACGCCCAGUCGCUGCCCGUCUGUGAAGCUGGCAACCAGCAGCUGGGGCUAGACGCAGAGCCUGCGGCGGGCGUGGAGGAGGUGGGUCCCCGCGGGCACCUCUGCAUCUGCCCGCUGUGCUGCAAGCUGUUUCCCAGCGCCCACGCCCUGCAGCUGCAUCUCAGUGCCCACUUCCGAGAACGGGACGGGGCCCGGGCCCGGCCGGCUCCCGAUGGCACCGUGCCCACGUGCCCUCUCUGCAGCAAGACCUUCUCCUGCACGUACACGCUGAAGAGGCACGAGCGGACGCACUCGGGGGAGAAGCCCUACACGUGUGUGCAGUGCGGCAAGGCCUUCCAGUACUCGCACAACCUGAGCCGGCACGCCGUGGUGCACACGCGUGAGAAGCCGCACGCCUGCCGCUGGUGCGAGCGCCGGUUCACGCAGUCCGGGGACCUGUACCGCCACGUCCGCAAGUUCCACUACGGCCUGGUCAAGUCCCUGCUGCUGUGAUGGUCCCCUGCAUGCCUGGGGCUGGGGCUGGGCUGGGGGAGGGAAGGGCAGGCCCUCAUGGUGGAACCAUGCAUGGAAGAGGAAGUUUGGGUAGACAGAAGCCCCCAAGGCUGGAUGGCUCCAAGUGUCCACCUGAAAAUUCCUGCUGCUGCUGCUGCUGCUGCUGCUGCUGCUUGGGAUGAGCCCAAACUGGUGACUUCUCUGCCUCCCCUGUGCCAGGUUGUGCCCUGCCUAGGCUAGAAGAAAACUUCCUCAGUGUCCCUUCCUGCCAAGUCCCCAGGGUGUGUGUGUGUGUGUGUGCACGCACUUGGGUUCAGGCAUCCUCCGUGUGAGGUGGGACUUCCCCGGCUGCCCCUCUGAUGCGCUUGGCGUCUUUGUGAGUUUGGUGUCACCACAGGAAAGUUGGCGGUGAGCAGCCAACAAGGCGUUGUGAAGGAGUGUCUCUCGGUGGGUAGCAGCAGGAAGCCUGCUCGGGAGGGCUGGGGCACCAUAAGACCCAGCAGGGGUCCAGGAGGCAUGGCUGGCAUCACGGGGCACAGCCUAGCAGGACCCCAGGGCAGCAUGAAGAUGACCGGCUAGAGCCAGUGGCCCUGGAGUUUAUUGGUGGGUGGAAAGUGAAUCUUGAUGCACUAACUUUGUACAGAAGAUUGAGACCUGAGAACCAGGUUCUCUUCAAAGACCUCGGAGGUUGGCAGGUGACUGCUUGUGUGGAUGGAUGGCAGCCUGAUUACGACAUCCAGGGUGCUUCUAAGGAGGCAAAAAAAUGAGUCGCUGCUAUGAGCUGAGCUCUGGGUGCGGGAGGCUGCCGGACCCCUGCGGUACCCCAGGGGCUCCAGGGCAUCUAAACAGUGCUGAGAAUAUGAGUCAGGGCCUCGCUAAGCAGGGCAGCCUCUGGCCUCCGGGGUCGGGCAUGGCUUGUGGAAGUGGGGGGGGGUAGACCACCCAGGCCAGAGCCAUGGCUCCCGCCUUUCUCUGCAGCCUCGGGCGGCACGAGGAGGACACGCCGCUACCUUGGCAGUGGUCGGCUCACCCACUCUCUAAGCAAGUCUCACUGCAGAAGUUCAGUGGUUGGGGGGAAGCAUGGGGAGCCCCAGCCCCCUGGAGGUCACCAGGUAGCAGAGUUGCCUGGAUGCCCGUGGUCCCCAGACCUUGCCCAAGUGGCACUGAGGGUGGAGCCAGCCAGAUAAGUCUUUAUCCCUCUUCCUGAUAAGCUUGAUGUGUUCAUCUCACCUGCCUGGCUCAGAGGAAGUGGCCGCUGGCCUCUCCCUGAUUUGGCCAGAUCCCGGGUCACCUCCCUGCAGGCUCUGGCCUCUGCUGUUGGGCCUGUAGCUAGCCUGGAAGCCAGUUCCUCUCAGUGGUGCUUGGAGGCUGCAGGCCAGAGAGCGGAGGACAGGGGUAGGGGGAGCUCCUGCUUCUGAGUGUCCGGUUCCUGACCUCAGGACCAGAGUUUGCACUCUGAGCCAUGUGCUCCCGGAGCAGUGGCAUUUGUCUGUCAGUCUGUCUGUCUGUCUCCUAGCCCAUGAUUAGGCCUGCAGCCCUGCAGGUUAGCAACUCCAGCACUGCCCACAGGGGGCCCAGUGCUACUGCGUAUCUGGUUUCUGGGUGCUUGGGGCUGGGGGGAGGCAGACGCCAAACCUGGAUAUAAUGAACACUGGACUCCUUGUCUUCUGGGUUGUCACUGUGAAGCUAAUGUAAAGAGACGCAAUCAAUUUUAACAUUGUGCCCGGCACGGUUCAGGUGAAAUGCACACAGCUAUGUCUGAGACACUGUCUGUGGGAGAGCAGAGGAAGGGGUACGAGCCCAGGUCCAGGUGUGGCUGCUGCGUAGGUCUCCAGGGCCCCUGCUUCUCUGCCCCAGGAAGGGGACCCAGGCGGGAGAGGGCUCUUCCUGCCUGGCGCUUGGCUGGAAAUUCGUUUGCAUGGCCAGCCUGUGCCACCCUUAGCAAUGUGCGCUGUCUUCCUGUCUCCACACUGGCUGCAUGACGGCAGAGUAAUAAAGCCAGCACAGGUGGA